GUGGUUUUCAAACCGGCGGCGCGCGAGCGGUGGCGGGGCCCGACCGGGAACCGAGACCAGCCCUAAAACCCCAACCCGGCGGGCCCGGACCGGGAACCGGGACCGAGACCAGCCCCAACCCGGCGGGGCCGAGGUUGAGAGCUACCGCAGCCGUAGUCGAGGCCGAUACCGGGAUCAUUGCCGGGCCAUGCGGCGCGCCAAGACCCCCGCCGCGCAGCAGCGGCCCCGGCGCGCCCCGCUGCAGGAGCUGCAGCUGCAGUCGGGCGCCGACCGGACCAGCCUGACCCCUCUGCUCCGCCGGCUGCGGCUCAAGGACUGUGCCACCCCGGUGCCCUGUGCCCGGGGCCCCCGCAGCAGCAUCACCACGGUGCCUUGCACCCCAGGACCCCCGCGAAGUGCUACCAUGGGCCCCCCCAGCAGCACCACCAUCCCAGUGCCUUGCACCCUGGAGCCCCCCAGCAGCACCACUUUGGAGUCCCCCAGGACCUCCACCCGUGACCUCGGGACUCCCAUCUUUAAGCCUGGUGCCUCUGAAGCUCCCAGCAAUGCCACCCUUGUUCCUGGUUCUUUGGAGAACUCCAGCAGCACCAGCCCAGAGGCUCCUGGCUGUCCUGUCCCAGUGUCCAGCACACUAGAGCUCCCUGACAACGCUGUCUCAGCCCCUCUGUGCAGUCCAGUUCUGGGCCCCAGCACCUCAGAGCCUACCAGCAGCACUGUGCCAGCCUCUGUGUGCAGCUCCAUCCCUGUUCUCAUGACCCCAGAGCCCCCCAGCAGCACCAUUUCAAUCUCUGUGUGCAGUUCCAUCCCCGUUCUCAGCACCCCAAAGCCCUUCAGCAGCACUGUGCCAGUCUCCCAGUGCAGUUCCAUCCCUUUGCCCAGCACCCCAGAGCCCACCAGCAGCGCUGUGCCAGUCUCUGUGUGCAGUUCCAUCCCUUUGCCCAGCACCCCAGAGCUCCCCAGCAGCACUGUGCCAGUCUCCCGGUGCAGCUCCCUCCCUGUUCUCAGCACCCCAGUGCGUUCCAGCAGCACCAUUCCAGUUCCCCUGUGCAGCUCCAUCCUAGGAUCCAGCACCCCAGAGUGCCCUGGCAACACUGUGCCAGUCUCCCCAUGCAGCUCCAUGCCACUGGCCAGCAUCUUGGAGUCCCCUGGCAGCACCAUGUGCAGCCUUGUCCUGGGGCCCUGCGCUCUGGAAUCCCCUGGCAGCACCACCCCAGGACCCCCCAACAUUAUGAGCUCAGUGUCUUGCAACCCAAACUCCCCAGGCAGCUCUGCUCUACCCCCGUGCAGCUCUGGGUCCCCUGGCAAUGCCAGCACAGCCUCCUGCACCCCAGGGCCCCCUGGCACCAGCUCCACUCCGCAGAAGACUCCCUUCCGCAGGUGGCGAGCAGCACCUCCAGAAUUUUCCUGCAGCUCUGCGGCCUCGGAGCCCCCAUCUGCAAAUGGGAGUGCUGAUCAUCUGCAUUGCCAAAGCACCCCUGAGGGAGCACAGUUCCCCACCCCUGUCCCCCCAGAAGAGAGCCCACCUGGCCUCUCUCCCAUCAAGGAAAGUGGGUUGGAGCCUGCUGGGUCAGAAGCCACUGUCACCCCUGUCACAUCGCCUGAAUCAACCCUGGGUACUGUGUCCUGGGUGUUGCCGCUGGUGUGGCUGGAGAAGACCCUCAACACCUCGUUCCUGACGGAAUCUCUGCAGCACAGCCUGCCCCUUGGCAAGCUACAGCAGGAUGCCAGCAGCAGUGUCACCCCUGUGCCCACUGCUGUCGCCAGCACCAGCACGACCCCUGUGCCAACCGUGGUUGCUGGCACCAGCACAACCCCUGUGCCCACUGUGGUUGCUGGCACCAGCACAACCCCUGUGCCCACUGUGGUUGCUGGCACCAGCACAACCCCUGUGCCCACUGUGGUUACUGGCACCAGCACAACCCCUGUGCCCACUGUGGUUGCUGGCACCAGCACAACCCCAGUGCCCACCAUGGUCGCUGGCACCAGCACGACCCCUGUGCCAACCGUGGUCGCUGGCACCAGCACAACCCCAGUGCCCACCAUGGUCGCUGGCACCAGCACAACCCCUGUGUCCACUGUGGUUGCUGGCAUUGACACGACGCCAGUGCCCACUGUGGUGGCUGGCACCAGCACGACCCCAGUGCCUACUGUGGUGGCUGGCACCAGCACGACACCAGUGCCAACUGUGGUCGCUGGCACCAGCACGACCCCUGUGCCCACUGUGGUGGCUGGCACCAACACGACCCCAGUGCCCACUGUGGUGGCUGGCACCAGCACGACACCAGUGCCAACUGUGGUCGAUGGCACCAGCAUGACCCCUGUGCCCACUGUGGUGGCUGGCACCAGCACAACGCCAGUGCCCACCACAGCCAUUGGAACCAGCAUAACCCCAGUGCCCUCUAUGGCCACGGGCACCAGCAUGACCCCAGUGCUCUCCAUGGCCACCGGCACCUUCAUGACCCCUCGGGAUGUGUGGGACAGGAGCAUGAAUACAUCCAGGGGAAGCCUCCCCUGUGCCAAGGACAGUGCUGCGGAAACAGACUCCCUGCUCUGGCACUGUCCCCGGGAGCAGCUGAAGACCCUGCCACGGGCAGAGCUGGAGGGGAGGCUGGAGAGCACCCUCAUCAUCAUCGAGGCCCUCUCGCUGCAGCUGCGCGACUGGCAGGAGAGCCAGCGGCCGUGGCCUGGCGCGGGGCCGGCCAGACAGAGGAACGCGCUCACACAGACGGACACCACCCACCCCGAAGGGAGCACCUGGAGCAGCCAGAGCCUCCUGCUCCGGGGCCUCGCUGAUGCCGCUUUUCGGAGCUUGCAGGAUGAGCAGGGAGCCCUGGUGAAGGAGGAGCAGGAGAGGACCCUGGUGCCUCAGGCUGUGCCUGAGAGUGCUCCCAGCAAGGGGCAGAGCUGCCUGGAAGAGCGGGAUGCCAUCAGGCGGCGAGUAGAUGAAGCCCUACAAGCCAAGGAUCAGGGAUAUCUGUUCCUGGAGGCUUUCUGUGCCCACGCCAGCGCCCAGAUCAGUGCCCGUGACCAGAGCCUGGCCUCCCAGCAAGAGCUGAGCACGCUGCUGGCCCAAGCCAUCAACCUGCAGGCAUCCCUGUCUGCCGAGGCACAGUCUUUCCGAGAAUUCUUAGAUGCCACCUUUGAAAAUCUGGAGAAGGAAAGGAGAGCCCUGGAUGAGGAGCGGGAGCAGAUGAGGGCCCUGGUGUCCCUGUCCCAUGGCCUGUUGGAGCGUGUGCCUGGCAAGCUGCAGAGCUGCUUGGAGGAGCUGGCUGCCACACGGGAACAAGCAGAGGAAGCUCUUCAAGCCAAGGAGAAGGUAUCCUGCCAGCUGGAGAAGACCUUGGUGACCCUGAAGGACACAGAGGCUCAGCUGGAGCAGCUGACAGUGGCCAACUCACGCCUGGGCAAAGAGCUGAGCUCUGUGAUGAUAAAUCUGGCCAGCGUGGAGCAGGAGCGGGAUGCACUGCAGCAAGAGAACGAGAAGCAGUGGGAAGAGAUGGCCCAGCUGGCUCAGGAGAGGAACUCCCUGCAGCAGGAGUGCCAGGAGCUGUGCCAGGAGCUGGGGGAGGCCACCGAGUGCCGGGAGUUCCUGGAUCAGGAGAACCAAAUGUGCCGCACGCAGCUGCUGGAGGUGGAGGCCAGGCUGAACUCCACGCUGGCCACGCUGCAGGAGCGCGUCCUGCAGCACCAGGAGCUGAUGGAGUCCCACCAACACCUGCGGGAAGAGCAGGCUGCCCUCAGCAAGGAGCUGGACAGCACCAAGGCCGAGCUCCAAAACUUGCAGACAAAGAGGAACAAAGUUUCUUGGUGCUCCACGAACAUUAUGGAGAGCAAGAUGCGGUUGCAGGAGCUUGCUGACUGCCUCAAGGCUGCUCUGGAAGAGCAGGAUGAUGAUGAUGCUCCAUCGAGAAGCAAAGCCUGGACCCCAGGUCCCCGCACCCCGGGCUGGCAGACCCCACGCCAUGCCUGGACCCCAGCCUUCCGCACCCCGGCCUUCCACACCCCAGCGUGCCACACCCCACACCGGGCUGGCAGCUCCUUCGUGGGCAGCGUCCUGAAAGCUGUGGCAGGGAAAGAGGCCAAUGAAACCAGCAGAAGUGGGAGUACAGUUGCCAAGGACAAAGUUGCAUCUGUGUCAAAGGCAAUAGAUCCUGAGGACACUCUGCUGGAGAGUGUGAAGGAGCUGAGAGCUGUGGUCUCCAGCCUUGCCAUGCUGAGCUCCCGCAUCCAGGAACUGGAGCAGAGCGAGUUCAGGGCACUGCAGACAGAGAUCUCUGACCUGCAGCUCCGUCUGAAGACAGUGACAGCUGAGAGCCAGGAGAAGGUGGAUGCCCAGGCUGCCACCAUUGCCAAGCUGAAUAAGGCACUGAGGACCAAGCUUGAGAAUGAGAAGGAGCUGCAGGACGUGGUGAAACAGCAGGAAGAGAAGAUGUUCCAACUCAUUGACAAGAGCGGGGAAGUCAUGAGGCUGAAGGCAGAAGUUUCUGAGCUGAAGCGCUUGCUCCAGCGUGCAGAGACAGAGGCCAAGGUGCUGUGGGAGGAGAUGAGGGGCAAGGAGCACCAGGUGGACACUGCCUACGUCCAGGAGCGGGUCAUGCUGCGGCUGGAGGUGGAUAAACUGCGCCUGCUGCUUGUGGAAAAAGAGGAUGAGAACAUACGGCUCACUGAAAAGUACCUGGAGCAGGCCCGAGGGCUGGAGAUGAAGUUCCAUCAUACCCAGAAAAUGCUGAGGACCCAUGAGGAGAUGCAGGAGAAGAUAAAAGAGGUCCUGUCGACUCUCCCUGAGGUGGCUCUGGGUUGCCAGGAGCUCCAGAGCCUGCUGUGCUACCUGGGCCUGAAGCCAGCCAGCAAGGAAGCUGCUGAGCCGCUAUAGCCUGUAGCCUGAAACCUUUCCUGUUGUUAAUGUUGUAAUUAUUUAUUGAAUAAAGUUGUGUUGGCUUUUA